UCGCAAAGGCAAAAGCGUGUUAAUACGACAAGGCCCGGUCUUAAAAGGAAAAAGAAAGAAAAGAAAGUGAAGGUGUUAAAGUAAGUUACUUCAUAGUCUUGCAUAAAGGUGUAUGUAAGGAUCGCAAUUAAAGAUUUCUUGCGCACUUCGUUAGCGUUCGAAACACUAGAUGAAAGAUUUACAGAAUACUUAUUGGAAAGUCUGCUCAUAUGGUAUUUACGCAUGAGUUGGUAAUAUCGGAAAUCGAACGAGUGAGAUUUCUGAUACUUAGACCCAAAGCAGUUGUGGGAAAACGAGAAGUCGUUUUCAGCGUAAGAGCAUUUUGCCCACCUUAUCUUGAAGUUAGUUUGGUUAAACUCUUACAAGCGGGUCUGUUAUGUACAGGUGUAAGUGCCUAUGUUCCUUUCUUUGUGCUUGUUUAAAUAUCUAGCCUUUGGUAGUUUCGCCCAGUUUUAUGCUAGUUUUUUCACUGCACGUUUUCGCAACCUUGUGACAAGUGGUGAACAUUGUUCACGUUACGUCUGAAUGCUACUCAAUUUACUCAUUUGGCUAGUUAAUAGUUUAUGUUAGAGUUCGUUUUUAAGCAGGUCUCGUUCAUCCUUUCGAAGAAAUAGUUUCUUUAAUGUGUGUCUUAGCAUAACUUGUGUCUUGGUAUCGGAAUGUUUGCAAUGUUAUUUUUUGGAAUGUAUUUUAGAAAUUAGAUUAGGUUCUUCCGUAUAAUUUUCAUAUUUCGGUCUAUGAUAAAUUUUUAAAUAUCUCGUCUAUGUUAAAUAGAACAAUUUAAGGCUUGUCUGUAAAAUAAAUCCCUGCUUUAUUUUGGGUCUUUACUUGGGAAACUAAGUGGUCAUCAAAACUUUAUUUGCCUUUGUCAGCCACUACACAGAAGUAAUACUCCUGAUUUGACUUCCCUAUUGAAAUUGUAGGACUUGCUUGGCUCUCAGCUUCUUCCUUCAAAUAGGGUCACCCUGUUAAACUCAAGGUAUCAUAUUUCAGACCUUGCUUGUGUCACAAAUUAAGCAGCUCUCUUAGGCAUUAGUCACAGAUUAAAAUGGUAAAAUGCUCUUCAAAAAUUAUUUUUUCCUCAAAGUUUUCACAAAGUGCAGAUCACAUCUAUUUCUAUAUUUCUAUAAGGAAAACUAUUUUUUUUAAUUACUCACCAGAGAUGCCUUUGUGUCACUGCAAGAAUUGGAAAAAUUAUAUCAUAGUUUUCUGAUUUAAAAGUUAAAAUGUUCUUUCUUUGAAGAAAAAUGUUUCCUUGAAGAUGUGCCCAUCACACCUAUUAAGAUAUUUCUGCAAGGAAAGGUUUUCUUUUAGUCAUGUUCCAUCCUGAACUUAUUGUAAGAUGUUUAUCUUCUUCUGUAGUGUCAGGGCAAUAACUGAGAAUAUGGCAUCUUGGUUUUUUUUUAGGCACAAAAUAAUGUGUUUCAAAGAAAUUUUUCUAUCUUUAGUGUACAUGUAUGUUGCGCCCAAUAAUCUCUUGUGCGAAUGUUGAUCUACCAAGAUACCCUGAAAGAAACAAGUGACAUUGGGUCAAAACUGGGUGAAUUUGACAUUCUUUUGUCACUUGCCAUCACUCUUUUUGAUAACAUAUGUGGCUUUGCCUCCUAUAGGAGGCAUUAGCCACAAAAAAUCAUAUGGCCAAUGCACAAUCACAUUGUUUCUACCUUUGACAUGACUUUUUUUAUGGCUUUGUUUAGAGUAAAUCCCAGCACUCAUAUGAUAGAACAGUCUUACUACAUGCAAUUUAUCAAAAUUUAUUUCUAGACUUAGAGCAAUUCUCUUCUUUUUUUACUUUUAUGACUUCUGGUGCUCAUUGAGUUGUUGAAUGCAACUUGACUUAAUCCUGUAGAUACCCAUGCUGUCAAUGGGAGUGCUCUUGGAUGGGGUAUGGCAUAUAUUUAUUCAUUAAGGAUGGUUGAAAACUUAUGCCUAUAUUGGAUCACAGAACUGAUGAGGAAAGUCAGGAUGGAAAGGCUGUGAAUGAUCAAAAGCCACUUUGGUGAAAUUUUGUUUGUAUGAGAACUGUCAAAAUUUGUGCAAAUGCGGUACUGCUCAAACAUAUAAAAGUUUACCUUCUGGCUAUUAGAUCUUUGGUUCUCAAAAGUCUUGAGAAUCAACAAUAUGAUUGCCUGUGGGUGGGUGCUUAUUUGGGGAAGGGUGCCUAUUAACCCUUUAGGUCCCAGUGUUGAUCAACCAGAAACUUCUCCCUACAUGUAUAUUAUCCAUACAUUAUCAAGCAAAAAGGUAAUGAGAAUACUCAAACAUAUCAGGUAGAAUUUGUUAUCUUGAUCUAACACCAAAUUCUUGUAACUAAUUCAAAAGGGAAUGUGUAGCAGCUAGAGGGGAGAACUGACAAUCAGAUCUUGGGAGUUAAAGGGUUAAAGUGUGGGCAUUUAUAGAGGAAGCACAGCUUUCAUUAAACUUGAUCCGUUAUUGCUUUGAAUUUUUUCAUUACUGAAAUAAUGUUGGUUCUUAAUUCCUAUUAUUUCAUUUAUGCCAUUUAAACAGGUUUGGUACAUUUGUGUAGCUGUGACAUUUUUCAAUUAUUUCUCCCAAAGCCAAACGUUACGUAAGAGCUGGGACCAAGAGAAAACACUGAAGCAGAAUCUUCAGAUUCUUGGUUUGGCUUUUGAUGCUAAUUCUGCUGUUCCUAUCCCAAAGUCAAAAACCAAGGUCAGUGCCCACCAUUUUUAGCUUAUUUUUAAUGUGCUACAUGGAACAAAAAUUAUGUUUCUAAAAACAUGUCACAUCUGUAUACACUGUAUAUGUUGAGUUGGAAUGAUCAUUAUUUGUUAAAUGAUACAUGUGUUGUAUUUAUAGUCAUCAGUGUAAUUUGUUUGUCUAUGUGUAGGUAGGGAGACUUUUCAAAUUGCCUUUUUGUCUAUUGUCAAAGAUUUAUCAGAAUUGGACAUUUUGGAAAAGUGUUUGCUUAUUACAUACAAAACAACAAAAUUAUAUCUUCAAUGUCAUCUUAAUGCUUCUUACAAAACAUGAGCAUGCUACACAUACAAGACUUAUCACCCUAGGUACUGAGCACAUGGUCUAUAGGUCAUUUAUAUACCAGCCCUGCAGUCUUUCAAGAAGAUGUGAUAAUCUUUCUCAACUAUUCACAGUCCUCAAGCCAUGUUGGGGUCAUUGCAACAUAUAUUUGAUGAAAUACAUCAAACUAAUUACAUUUGUUAGGUAAAGGAAAAAUUUACUUGAGAUUUGUGUGGCUAAAUUUUCCUCCAAAUCAUGAAAGUUGCAUAAUGGUAGGACUGGUUUUACUGUAACUCUACUAGGAAAAUAGUAAGCUUAAAAUGGACCACUUGCAUAUAUGUGAUUAGGGUUGUAAAGAUGAACAAGCAGAAGCCAUGGAAGUAGACCGAAAGGAACCAACAACAGUUGUUAAAGGUAAAGCUGUGCUUGUGCUUGACUUAUCGUAGAGGAAAGUGAGUAAUGUUCCAAUUUUUUUUUUAAUUGGAGGUAGGUUUGAGAUAUUAUGUGAACAUUUUAUGAAGAGGAUAAAAUUCCACGUUAAAACCAUGAUGUUAUCAUAGCUCUCAAAGCCACUUUGAGUGAACUCUUCAGGGUGCCCUGGCUAAACUUGGAAUAUGCAGAAGUGAGAAUGGGCAAAAUUCUUGUUGCAAGAGAUAAUUUUAAAUAAAUGGAAAAGUUGUGGCCAUUUUAAAUUUCACUUCUGAAAGUUUCAAUUGUUUUUAUCUUGUUGUGGAGAAGUCCAAUGUGGAUUGCAAAAUUUCUAGCAGAGUCCUCAGCUUGCACAAAGCAGAGUAACAUAUCAAGCUAAGAAAAUUUGGUUAUCGCUUAGUUGCAUAUGUUUGUCUGCCUGUAUGUACAUACAAGGUGUUACUUUUGGCAUGUACAACCAGCUGCAUCAUUCACACUUCUGCAUACCCAUGUUCCUUUCUUAGUAUCUCCUUACUUCUUAGCUUACCAGUUUAUACAGAUUUUACGUUUUGUGAGCAGUUUGUCAAGAAGGACUAAGCACCCAUUAUCUCUUUCAUAACAUCUUUUUAUAGAUUGAUUAUCUUAAAGGAAGUGAUGAUUAUUGAAAUUUUAUACAGUUUGAACUUUGAAAAUUCAGCUUCUCUGUUCUUCUUUAGGUUUCCUAAAUCAUGUACAUGUACCUCAAUACACUAUAAAUAUUUUGGUACCCUGAAGAAACAUUUCUAAUUCCCUAGUUGUUUCUUUUCCUGUUUAGAAUUUGAGCAAAUGGCUGCUAAUGAAAGGAAAGGUGAAAGGCAUAUUUCUCCAGGUGAAGUGCAGUUUCUAUGGCAACUUAUUGGUGAUCAUGGCAACAACUACAAAGUAAGUCAUAUUAAAGAGGAAUUCUCCAUGAACAUGCACUUCUCUAACCAUAUGGUAUUUUUUUUAUAAACAUAUAAAUAACUUUAAAUAUGAUAGGCUGCUGUGCACAUUGUGCACUCUGAUUUCCUUUUGCAAUUGUCAGAGUUGGUGCCCCCCUACUAACUCACACACUAAGAUAGAUCACUCAGAAUGAAAAGUCAUUGGUUUAGAAAUUUGGCCACCAACAUUUUGCUUUGCUUCUGAAACUGGUCCUGCAGGGCAGGUAGUAAAUCAACACAAAUCACUACUCUACUCAACCUGAUUUUUCAAAUUUCUCACUGGCCAGCAUGGAUUAGGCCUCGUCCUGUGGGGUAUAAUUUCCUGAAUUUCAGGAUCACUUCCCAGACACUCAUGGCCAGGUUAUAUUAUUUACUGAAGGGGAAGACUUUUACUUCUUGGUCACUGCAAUGUGAUGACUGACACAAAGCUGGAAAAAUUUUAACUCUUGGGCCACCACUGCGCUUGUUCAUGCUACUUUUCUGGCGAUGUCCUCUUAAUUUUACUGAAUUUGUGAGCUCAUAAUUGAAGAGGAUGAUCCUAAGAUAUUCAGAAGUGAAUCAAGUCGAGUCAACUGGUUGUGAAUAUCGUGAGAACGCAUUGCAUAUUUACUCGUUCCUCAUUUAUAAAGUAAAAGUACUUCAGAAAUAUGUCUUUAUUCACCUUCAAUGCAAGACAGUCAAUGGAACUUGUUCUCUUUUUUUGUGCAGAGUAUGGCGAGGGACAAAAGGAAUUAUUAUCAACAUACACCAAACCAACUAAAAAGAAAAUGUGAAGCACUCCUAAGAUCAAAACAGAAUUUCAGCGGAUACCUAAAAAAAAAUGGUUGAAAACAUACACCGUAAAUUACGAUGGCUCAACAAGAACUCUGUUUAAAGAAUGUCUGGAAAGUCGUCAAUUUUAAGUCAACUGCAAAGUUUUCGAGCAGAGUAUCUUCACUUGUCAAGAGCCUGGUAUAAUAUCAACCAAAGUAUUGUGACAGAGUUUGCUUCAUUAGUUUCUCAGUUUAAGAGGUUACCGUUAUAAAGGAAAUUAUAAUUUUGCGUCACGUGACCAAAAAUUUGAUUACAUGGAUAUUCCUGUUACUCGCUCAAGAUACGGACUUUCGGAGCUGAUAACGGUGAAGCUGUUAGUCGCGAAAGCCACCGGAAACAAGUGGUGAUGCUCCAAGAGAAGGGAUAUAAUGAAACAUUUAAAAAAAUACAAGGAAACCUCCUCGGGCUCCACUGCCUACAUGUUUGUCGAAUGCCGCCAAAACCAUCGUUAUUUUGUACGGGCAACGUUUUUGACAGAAGAAAACCUCCUGUUAUGCAUUGUACCAAAAACGAUCCCUCAUGACUUUGUUGAUAACAGUCCUUAAAUAUCGUUCAGUUGAAACAGUGAAAAACUAUGGGCUGGUUAAUUAAUCGAAGUCUAACGCACGCAGCGGUUUUAGACAAUCAAUGGACCUCGAGAUUCUUGAAAAAGAAUGAGUGAAGUUAAUGCUGCGGUAAAUUUUACAUUGCCAACCAUAAGCCUCCUUGAAAUUGUUUACAAAAAUUAACGUAACGGAUGGGUUUGGAGUAUUCUUGCCCAAAAGCGGUUAACCUUCUUUAAACACCGCCCCUUUAUUCUAUCACUGUUUCAAAUCCAUCAGUUUCGAAUUCAUCAUAUUUAAAGGGUGUUAUUAGAGUUAAAAAAUUUAAUAAGAGUACAUUAAACAGGAUAAUUUCAACCGUUUCCGAUUCAGUUGAAUGAAUAGCUCUAAUUUAUUGAAAGUAAAUCGCUGUCUGAACGAAUUUUUGGUGAGCUACACAAUUCAUUGGAUCUUUUAACACAAUCAUUUGUGUCCACGAGCGAUUGGUUGUGCUAAUUCAACUACCCUUGACGACGCGGUAGCUUUCUUCGCAGUUUCCCUAACGGUGAAUGCGUCUGGGUUAAACUGAAGAUGGUCCAUUGUCUCGCGUAUAAUUGGCUUGGACAAAUUUUGAAUCCUAUCAGAGGCUAUUGCUCGGAGAGUGUUUCUUGUGAUAUGCCAUUCAGUCUCUCUGCAUGGCAAAUAUCCCUCAACCGUUUGCUUGGCCUUGGAAAGCUCCUGAACACGGGCUGAGGCUACAGUGCGCAUGCUGGCUGAAGAUACGCGCCAUGUUGGCUCCCUUAUGAGCCUGUCUUGGCGAGUCUUGGGACGGGCUAGCUGUUCGGUUCGUGCGGAAGUCACGGCUCGUUUUGCUGGCUCACUUACGCUCCAGGGUACUUCCCUUCCUGGCCGAUAAUCAGGAUGACAUCUCUUGGCAUGUGCUAGUCUCAGUGUUAGUUCCCGUUCCUCGGCCGUUUUCGCUGUUUGGCUCACUUGCCAAAUUGGUGAACUUCUCCCGCAACUGAAGAUGUAUGCCUCCCUAGAAGGAAGAAGGGCUACUUUUAAGUCUGACACUCAAGGAUUGGUACUUAGAACGUCAUAUCAUCUAAGCACAAAUGAAUCACUUUUCUACGUUUUAGUUUUUUUGCCGUCUGAAAAGUAGAUCCAUUCAGCACGUGAUCACAUGGAGGUAGCUAUGGAAGAGAAACGAGAUCUUGAGAUGAAAACAAAAACUUAUUGCGCGGCUGGGUCUCCAAUUUAUGUUAGCUGUAUGUUCACCGGCUAUUACAAAGCAAUACUUUUCUGAAAGGUGAAGUUCAACGGUAGAAAUGAACGCGUUUCGUCUAUGGACUGAUCUCCACGACGAAACGAGGUUUUAUUCCCUAGGAGAUGUUGGGUUUGUGGUCCGUCCCUAAUUCCGUCCCCUUGUAAGAACGGCGACCAGGGGUAAUUCUCUUUCUCUCUCCCCGUCGGGAAUAUUCUCCAAGCAUGGAACUCCUACUGGCAAACCGCAAAAGUGAAGGUUUGAAAAGAGCCAUUACCUUUUCACGUUAUCUGGUGUCUGCGAAAAUCAGUAACACUUGAGCAGAUUAAAUAGUUCAAAUUCAUUUAAUUAUUGUCUAUUGACGCAAAUACUCAAUGAAAGUCAUUUUUUUAAUUGAAGAUCGAUUCUCUUAUUCCCAUAGCUGAUGAAAGGACCUUUCGCUCCAAAAUUGUUUCCUUAUUGAUGUGUCUUGGCUAUCGUUGUGAUAAACUUAUUCUCUACCUAAGGUAGAUUAGUAUUCCGACAAUCAAGUCACUCGUUUCAUUCCAACGCAGUCCAUAAUCUGUUGGAAGCUCGCGAUGUACAAUGGGAAAGAUAAUUUCGUGAACUGAUCUGUGUUUUGCGAAUUUUCUGGUUCUUAGGUUGUUCAGUCUUUGGAUAAUCUAUCCUUGGCCAAUGAAUGCUGGUAACGAAAUCUUUUUCUUGAAGUAUUCAAGAUUGUUAGUUUGUUGGUUCAAGUCUGUGAGCCCUCUUCUGAAUAGACCCUUGUCGAUUCUUAAACUACAUUGCUCCUAAUUGAGUUAUGGUUUGGACUUGACAUGGCAAAGAGAAAGGGAGAUCUUGACGCCUAGCAACAACUGAAAUAUUUCACGAUCUCAGAAAAAUCUGAACCAAGAGUAAAGAGCCUUGCUAUGAACAUUGAUUGAAUUGUAUGUAUUCAAUUAAAAUACAUCUAAAGUUUGCAAGCCUUUGAAUUUGCUGAACGCAUUCGUGCGUUCAGACAAAUUCGAAGCAAAAACUUGUACCUUUAAAGAUAGUUUGAAAUCAUGCUGAAAAUACUCCUGAACUUUGUGUCUGUUUUUUUCGUUGUUGUAGAGGUAGCUGGUAAGCGCGGUCCAUCAACAAUCGGGCCCGAGCAACCGGGUUAUGCAAUGCCUAGCAACUUGACAAUCGAUGAAUUUUGAAUAACUUGUCGCAAUGCGAAUAAUUAAACAUAUGACAAUGCUAUUUUUAUGUGCAAAUCUUCAAACUCAAAGAAAAAGCGAAAAGCAAAUUUGAUGUUUUCACAAACGAGAGACUGCUCGCGAGGCGACCUGUACUGAGGCGUAGAAUUUUAGCAUGGAUUUCCCAGUCUUCACGAGCUUGUCCUAUUUCAAAUGUGUGUAAACCCUUACUGAAAGAUAUUUGGGUAGUCAUGUAAUUAUCACCUGACUUAAGAUGGCUAAAUGAGUUCAAACUGCCGUGAAGCCAACCAAAGAAGUACGUAGUUAAGGUCAUCACGACCUCAACAAAGUAAUGAAUUCCUAAACAUAGUCCACAGCUGCAGAACUUAAGUUGGACAAAUUUGGGCAAAACAAUUUACUUCUGGUCAAAUUUGAAAAGUAAAGAAUCGGCAACAUCAUAUCGAAAAAAAAUCGUAGGUUGAAAAAAUCAGAUAAAAUAUUGAACAAAAGAUAUCACAAGUUCAGUGCAGGUUUGCCCGAUUGCUGGACGUAUUCUCGCAGUGCUGGUAAACAGUGCGUGCUUACCUUUGUUCUUCAUGUUGGGGUGGUGAUUUCUUUGGUUCUGCUAGCUGACUGACCCUUGUGGAAAUAUUUGCUUUUAAAGCUGAGGGUUGCAUAUCCCAAAUGACAGAACUGCGGCCACAGCUAUAAACGUAUUGUCCCCUGCAAUUUCCAGCAAAAGAAAGAGUGACGUAAGUUAACCUAACAUACACCAUCUCUAGUAUCUUACAAACUCACGAACGCGUUUGCAUCACCAUAAGUAGUUUAAACUAUAACAAUAAACAUUAUAACUAAAAGCAAAGGCGUAAACGUAGUAAAGUGAACGUUCUCAAAUUCGUCUAUUAGUCAUGCAGUUAGUGGCUCAAAAUGACGCCUAAAGGGCGAAUGAUUCUUGAUAAUGAAUUGAUAUUGGGGCUUUGCCACUCUAGAUUUUCCAGGGAAACUAUCGCAUCCGUUGUUUGUUAUUUUACUUCUAACUACGAAUGAAGAAUCGCACAGCAUUUAGGACCAAACCUGCCUUCGGCUACAUUUUUCCAUCGCAAGUUGAAAAUUGCUCGGUGCGUUUAGAGUAUACUUCUACACAGGAAAAAGAAGUGAUAAAAUAUAGCAGCGAAAAAAUUGUAGAAAAAUUUAUUAGUUCGUGGUGGAUAUAAUUGUAAUUGGCAUAGGCAGAGUAGACGCGUAGUUAAUUGAAAGACUCCGAGAGCUGCGAGUAAGGGGUGAGAUCAAAUAAUUCCAAUCCUUUGGUUUUAAGGGCGCAUGUCCUUAAGAAAAAUUAAUUUUCAACUUCAGACACCAAAGACGCGGCUGUUUCACUUUCGACUUCGAUCUUUUAUUGAAUGAGCUUUACUUGUACUGCAUUUCUUCAUUUUGGUACCUCCUACGACAGUGAAAGUGCUUCGGAAGGAUUGUUAAUGCUUUGACACUGUAUUUUAUUUAUGAUUUAAGAUGCCUAACCCAUAAACAAAUAAAGGAGAAUGAUCAACGAGGUUAUGUCUGCAUGCAAGAAUAAAUAAAUUUUUUAUCCAGUCACAAGUUUAUAUGAGAGAUCGUUUUCCGAAAACAUGGCCGUCUUUGAACGGUGACACAUCACAAAUUUAGCCAAUUAGAAAUUUCAACAGUAGUAAAGAAAGAACAGACAGCCUGUUUCUUCUCGAUAUUCCCAAGGAAAUUUCUCAUUAAGACUGUUACAAGAUCAGUUAGAGAUGAUUUUGUAUGUUUAAAAAGAUUUGGUUCAUGACAAAUAUCAGCCACUUCCUCAUUCCUCAUUUUCUUCAUGGCUGUACCGUUUUGCAAGUUUUGUUUAGGCCUGAUUGUAUCCGUUGUGGUAACUCCACCUCUAGCAAAAUCCUUGGAUUUCUUGUUUAUUUCGUUUCGAGCCUAUUGUAGGUUUGAGACCAUAUUGGUCUCUUACGACGUCACAGCUCUCUUCACCAUUGUGCCUUUAGAUGAGACUAUCUACAUCUUGGUCAACAAAACCUUCACAGAUGAUUGGUUCAACAAAAUUAUGGCCUUUAUCUGCAAAAGGACCAGCUUGCUGAACUACUCAAGAUUGCCACAACCAAUCAACUUUUUCUUUUUUUUUCAGUUUAACGGUCAACUUUACGAACAAACAGAUGGUGUGGCUUUGGGCUGCCCUCUUGGCCCUCUAAUGGCCAAUGUCUUCAUGUGUCAUCUUGAAGAAAAGCUUACGCGUGAUGACUUAAUGCCCCAUCUGUACAAGAGGUACGUCGACAACACCCUGGCCAGAAUGCCUAGCGCUGCUGCUGCUGUUGGGUUUCUUGCUACUCUGAAUAGCCUACAAUCCAGUCUUAACUUUUACGAUGGAGCUUCCAGCUGGUAAUAAGAUCUCUUUUAUCGGCAUUGAAAUCGUGAAGAACGUAACUAAACUUGAAACUUAAGUUUAACGAAAACCAGCAAACACUGGUUUGCUCUUACAAUUCCACAAUCACACCAAUAAACGCUUUAAAGACUAUUUAUUAAAGAUAAUGAUACACCGAGCCUAUGCCCUAUCGUCUACCACAGAGGCUUUUAAUGCAGAAUGCGUCAAAUUGCGCUCUAUUUUCAGUCGUCUUGACCACCCCUGUGGGCCUUAUUGAUUCCGCUAUCAACAAUUUUAUUUUUAGGUACGGCAGGCACAGCGGAAAGAAACACCGAUGAUAAUAGCACAGCAAGAAUUAGUCUUCCAUUCAAAGAUCAAGUGGCCGCUGAUGCGGUUCGGAAGCAGUUGCGCGAUCUUAGCCAUAAGAUUCUCCCUACAUUGCAGCCAGUUUUUGUGAGCAAGAAAUUGGGGCAAGAUCUUUAAACCCAAAGAAAUCAAGCCGUCAAUUGCUAAUUGGCAAUGUGUUGUUUACUAUUUCUCACGUGAUCUGUGCGAUGCAGAUUAUGUCGGGUACACAGCCCGACGCCUUCAUCAACGAAUUGCUUAGCACAAAUAUUCGGCAAUCGGUCGACAUUUCGUGGAAGCUCAAAGUAGCAACCACCUCUUGAAAGAAAACCAAUUUAGAGUGUUAAGAAAGUGCCAGGGAAAAUUUGAUUGUUUAGUCUUUGAAAUGCUGUUCAGCAAGAAUCUCAAGCCUAAUUUAAAUAUCCAGACGGACUCCAUACGUGCCAAACAUUUUGUUUAAUUACUAAUGUUCUUUUCUUACGGAACAGCUUUUUAUCAUCCAUUGUUAUUUUGGUAUAUAUAGACUACAACUUGC